AUGUCGGGUCAACCGAAAACGAUGUUUGAGAAGAUCUGGGAUGCUCAUGUGGUGCAUACGCCCGAGGGCCAGCAAACCAUUCUCUACAUCGAUCUCCAUUUGGUGCACGAAGUUACCAGCGCCCAAGCCUUCGAAGGGCUUCGACUGGCCGGUCGAAAGGUACGACGCCCGGAGCGCACCGUGGCCACUCCCGACCACAAUAUUCCGACCACCGACCGCAGCCUGCCGAUUGCCGACCCGAUUUCGAAAAAGCAGAUCGACACUCUGCGAAAGAACUGCGAAGAGUUUGGCAUCCGCCUUUACGACCUGGACAACCCGAAGCAGGGAAUCGUCCACGUGAUUGGCCCCGAACUGGGGUUCACCCAGCCGGGAAUGACGAUCGUGUGUGGCGACAGCCAUACAGCCACUCAUGGAGCAUUUGGGGCGUUGGCCUUUGGCAUUGGAACCAGUGAAGUCGAACACGUGCUGGCGACCCAAACGUUGCUGCAAUCGCAACCCAAGACCAUGGAGCUUCGCGUUGACGGGAAGCUCGGUCCCGGGGUCACGGCCAAGGACCUCAUCCUGUACCUCAUCGGGCAGAUAACCACCGAUGGGGGUACUGGCUACGUUAUCGAAUACACCGGCGAGGCCAUUCGCGCACUGAGCAUGGAAGAGCGGAUGACCGUCUGCAACAUGACGAUCGAAGCCGGAGCUAGGGCCGGAAUGAUUGGCCCUGACGAAACGACGUAUGAAUACCUUCGUGGCCGCGAGUUUGCACCACAGGGAGCCGACUUCGACGCGGCCGUGAAGCGCUGGAGCGAACUGCCGACCGACGAAGGUGCCAAGUACGACAAGUCGCUGAAGUUCGAUGUGGCCAACAUCGCACCCCACGUGACCUGGGGGACGAACCCCGGUCAGGUUGCCCCGGUUAGCGAUACGAUUCCUGACCCGGCCAAAUGUACAACCGACAACGAGCGGAAGGCGGCCGAGCAAGCCCUGAAGUACAUGGCGCUCACCCCGGGAACGCCCAUUAGCGAAGUUGUGAUCGAUCGGGUGUUCAUCGGUUCGUGCACUAACAGUCGUAUCGAAGACUUGCGAGCUGCAGCGAAGGUUGCUGCCGGAUAUCACGUGCCUUCCUCGGUGAACGCAAUGGUCGUCCCGGGCAGUGGGCAAGUGAAACAGCAAGCCGAAGCCGAAGGGCUCGACAAGAUCUUUGUGGACGCCGGCUUCGAAUGGCGCGAGGCAGGCUGCAGCAUGUGCCUGGCAAUGAAUCCCGACACGCUCAGCCCCGGGCAGCGAUGUGCAUCGACCAGCAAUCGCAACUUCGAAGGUCGACAAGGCAAAGGCGGACGCACUCACCUUGUCUCGCCCGCCAUGGCCGCUAGAUUCAUGCAGGCAUUUACGAAGUACACUGGACUGGUCGCGGCGAUGGACCGCGUGAAUGUGGACACGGACCAGAUCAUUCCCAAGCAGUUCCUCAAGCGAAUUGAACGCACCGGGUUUGGGCAGUUCCUGUUCUACGACUGGCGAUUUAAUGCCGACGGAAGCGACAACCCUGAGUUUGAACUGAACCAGUUGGAGGUGAAGGGUGCCUCGAUUCUCUUGGCCCGAGCCAACUUUGGUUGCGGAUCGAGUCGGGAGCAUGCCCCUUGGGCGCUUGACGACUAUGGCAUUCGCGUGAUCAUCGCCCCUUCGUUCGCCGACAUUUUCUACAACAACUGUUUCAAGAACGGCAUGCUGCCCAUCCGGAUGGACGACGCGACGCUCGACGAUCUGUUCAACCGCGCCGCCACUUCCGGGUAUCGAAUGACCGUUGAUCUUGAAACCCAGACGAUCACCGACGACCAGGGAUUGAACAUUAGCUUCGAGGUCGACCCGUUCCGUCGCCAUUGUCUACUGAAUGCAUUGGACGACAUCGGGCUCACACUGGAGCACGACGAAAAGAUUACGGCCUUCGAAGCGGGCCGUAGCUAG